CCUACUUCACAGAUUCGCACACAGAGUUAGAUCCUGCAGAAUGUGACAUGAAAGGCGAUAUGCGGAUUCCAGGUGCCCACUUUACAAUUUCCUUGCACUGCGGCGAUGUUCGUCGCUCUCCUGGGCUCCCACCUGCCAUAGCCAUGUGAUCCGUGGAAUUGACCCCCUGUCGCAGACUGACACUGUUGUUACUGUCAAGACUGCCAACUUGUGCCUCAACCCAUGAACACACUUUGUACAACCCAUAGAAUAGUUGCACUUUACUUGGAGAUUGAAUGUGCGAAGCUUGAGAUCUACACAUUAGUCGACGACGGCGAGUCGAUUUUGAUGUCCAAGUUACCGCGUGAUGAUUUGUCUUUGACUUGUGGAGCUUUGAUUUGGGAAGGGAAGAUGCUGGGUUGCAACGCCAAGCUUCGUGACUGAACCAUAAACGCUUGAGGUUGUGUGUUCGAUGUUCGAACACCAGAGCUGAUGCUUCACAUGUGAGCCCUAACCUCGGAGAAUCUGUUCACAGUUGGAGGGGGAGCAGUAUAGAGUUUGGACUGAAUGGGUUAUUCAUGCUUCAGCGUAUGAGGUGCUGAGCGUUGUUCUAGGAUUUAGGGGUUGGAUUUCUCGAGUUUCGGCAUUCGGGCUGAGUUUUGUGUGCCAACGAGAGGACCCGGCUUUGCUCAAUGAUGUCGGGUGAACGGGGACGAUUGAUGGCCAAUGUGCGGCAGAGGUAUAGCUUCGCUCCGGACUAUGGAGUAGAGCUGGGCUUAGGGGCAGCCCCAACGUCUCUCCCCGCAAAUGAACCUGCCCCAUUGCGCCGCACGGCUGAAAAUCUCUUGUGGCUUGCUGCCGCAGUGUUUGCCAUCUACUACGGCGAUUCGAGGCACCAUCUCUUCCAUGUCUUGUUCUACGACACUCGCAUUCGGAGGUUUCCAUUCCAAUUGGGCUUGCUAGGCCUCGCUAUAAACACGGCAAUCUUCACCUACUUGGCAAUCUGGUUGCGGCAUAUCCUCAAAACUGAGGAUAAGUGGGAGCUGAUCGCACCUGCCGCAAUUCCUACUGCGACUCUAGUUGGUUUAACAUCAUUCUUGCUGUUUUCAAUUGCGCUUUGGCCAAUUUGGGGCUUCUUGACCCUGCCACUGCUGUUCACGCUGUUUAUGGCUUUGGUUGUAAUCUCACCCUACCUUCCACCGUAUGGAUAUGCGGAGUCGCUACGGUCGGACUAAAUCUUGAGAGUUGUUUUGGCUGCAAACUAUGUGCCAGCGUAGGUCAAAUUUAAGAUUCUGCCGCUGUUUGCUCAGCCCGUCGCCUUUUUUGCGGUGCGUUGAAUACACUAUGGGUAUACUGGCUGCCCUUUCAUCAGUCUCAAGUGUACAGGGAAUCUGUGCUUGUUCACAGUAGCUUAGUAAUAACUACCAAUACUUCUACAUUACCAAUUGCUACAGUUGUGUCGGUUUUUAUUGUCUGUAUGGGUUAUUUAAUUCUUUUACAGGAGCGUGGAAUUCGAGCAGCUUCUUGCUGGUGUUCGACACAGGGCACAGCUUAGAUUUGCCAGUGUUGAACUUCUCCAUAACACGAUUGAUGCUCUGAAAGAUUCCUCGAACUGAUCUAGUUCACGUGAUAUUGAAAAUAAGUUACUGCUUCUAGGAUAUGACUUUGGGCAAGCUUUGAACGCCAAAGAAACAUUGACUA